AUGACAAAUGAUAGAACUUUUGGCGGUAGCGGUGGGUACAAUAUAAAUUGGGAUGAAAUAGAUGAAAAUACUAACCCUUUUGGCUUGGGUGCGGCCUUUGGAGGAAAUAAAUUGGCCACCAGUCCCACUGCCACAAGUGCUCCGCCCAAGGCUACCCAUGAGCCGACUGAAUCUUCUCCGCCUAGUCUCUCCAUGUAUUCUUCCAAAUCCACUGAGGAAGAAAAUUCAGGUAAAUGCGCUGAAACAGCGGAAUCGCCGACUACUGGAACUAAGCACGUCAAAAGUGAAACUAGAGAAAUCAAGCAAGAUCCCAAAGGCCCUCCCCCAGUCCCACCAGUACGCACAGUAUUCAACCCAAGUUCCAUUGAUGUCAGUAAUAGGGGUAUUUUGGAUGAUUCUGCUCCCAAUGCGGAGACUCAUGUCCCGGACAUCGCGGAUGUUUCACCCCCUGACAGCUUUUCAACACAAGAACCAGUAGAUGGUCACUUCACUCACGAAGGUCACUCGCGUCAUAACAGCAACAGUUCGGCCGCAACGUUUGAUCUGGCCUCUGGAAAUCCUUCGCCUCUACCUGAAGCCGAAUCCGAGGUCCCACUCUCCGUCGACGAAGAAUUGGCCAGUUUACGUGCCGACAAAGAGCAUCUUACUACAAUUGUUGCCGACAUGCAGCGAUGCAUUGCUGAGUACGAGCGGAGUUUGCGUCAGCUGGCCGAGGAAAAGGCGCGCGCGGAAGAGUCUGCCAAGGAAUCUGUAAUCGAUAUAAUAUCGGAACGUGACCAAGCUAUUGAAGAAAUCUCUACAAUUGAAAAGGCUUUCGGUGAUCUUCAUCGUCGAUUUGAAAAGUCUAAGCAAAUAAUUGCAGGAUUUAAAGCGAACGAAGAAACGUUGAAGAGAGCAGCACAAGAAUAUCAGGAUCAGUUAAAACGACAGGAACAAAGGUACCAAGCUCUCAAGGUGCACGCUGAACAGCAACUUACAAAAAUUGCUGAGGAGACCGAGAGGGCAAAGCGUGCAAAUGAAGAUGAAGUGACUCGACUUCGGGCAGCAAUUAAACGCUCUGAACUAAGGAUUCACAGUCUUGAAUCCCAACUGGAACAGAAGGUUCGGGAGAAUACUGAACUGACGAAAAUUUGCGAUGAGCUCUUGAAGCCGUGUCUGAUGCAGGGCCGCCAACGCAUUAAGCCUGCGGGUGGUUUGUGCCCAUUUCCAGCGACUUCACUGCUGCGGGCGGGUGCGACCUCAUUGGGUGUUAUGCAAUUGGGGUCCACAUACAAGUCCAAAUUGCUGCCGCCUUCAGAAUUGUCGGAUGAAACGGAAACAAAAGAAACUUCUAUUGACUACGUCACAUCCUUUGACAGCUGCACCCCACAAUGCGAAUCAGUUCUUCCCGAUAAAAAGCUCGUUAUUCCACUCCGGGUAUCUUGUUCAAAGAUAUUUGAGCAGCCAAAAAAGAAAUCUGAUAAUUUGACUGCUGAGGUUUUAAAGUCAUCCUCUUCAGAAAUUUUAAGCGGCAUGGGCAUAGCGCCGUCGACCAAAGUUAGUAUUGUCACUGGACCACCGGAGAAAGACGUUUUAACUAUCGAAGACGUCGUUGAUCCUGAUUAUAAUCAGGUUCCUGUUGAACAUUUUGGACUAGCUUUGCUGAAGGGAAUGGGUUUGAAAGAAGAUGACAUCAAGCAGCGCACUUCAGAGCGCUUCGCUGCUAAAUUACGUCUGAAAGGUCUCGGUCUUGGCGCUGAUCGUAAAGUGCUUCUGAAAUCAAGGAAAAUGAUGGGUGAAGAUAGUGAAAAGUUGGUUUGGAAGGUAGGAGCCAAAUGUCAAAUAGUUUACGGCCGCAAUGAUGGUCAAUAUGGAGUUAUACAAGGUGUGGAUGGCGACAUAGGACGUGUUGUCGUCCAACUUACGGCAACCAAACAAAUUGUUAAAAUAAUGCAAGCAGCUGUGCGUCUUGUGUCAUAUGCUGAAUUCGAGAAUUUCGGACAUUAUCUAGAUAUGGCUGGGGCAAAACAGUGCAAAGCUGAGAUGGCUAACGAGGAUUCCAUUCAGUGUCGCAUGAACAGAGAAGGCGGUCAGGGUGAAGGUACAGUGAAAGCGUGUCCCACAAAGCGGAAAAAGGAAGAUAUAGCAAAUUGCGGCCAUCGGUCGACUUGGCUCCAGAGAGGUCUUAUUGUGCGUUAUCUCGACAAAGGGAGCAAGUACUACUUGCAAAAGAUCAAAAUAAUGUCUGUUUCUGGGUCUCAAUCUCAUCCUUAUCGAUGCUCGUGUGAAACGGAAGGUGGCCGUGUCUUACGACAUAUCCAUGAAAGUAAACUGCAACCUACUGUCCCAAAGCGUUUGGGGGAGUCGGUAGUCGUUAUUCGGGGGCAAUAUUUGGGUGAAAGUGGCAGACUAAUCAAGCGCAAUGAUCAUUCGCUUCAAGCCUGCAUAUCUCUUCAUACCACGAAGAAAGAGAUGUGGUGUUUUGCCUCAUUACUUCUUCGAUUGGGAUUGGUCUCGGUCAACCGGUCUGGGGGUGGGUGGGGUGGUGGUCAGUCUUUAUGGGUGUUCGCCCCCGCAGAAUUUAGUACUGGUGAGGAGAGAUUUAAUGAAAAAGAAAAUAUAUCCUCUGUGAAUACAGCGAAAAACUCCGUAUCCAAGACUAUAAGGAGUAGAGUUACAGAAAACUUCGAAGUCGCAAAGGACUACCUUGAUAACAUUUUACCAAAGAAGGAACCACUAAAGCUACUUAAAUGCGAUUCCAGUCAUGAGCACAUUGAACUUUUUGCGGAUCCGUCUGGUGAAGUGAUAUUCUUUCGUCAACGUGAUGGCCCUUUUGUACCGUCGUUGAGGCUUUUGCAUAAAUAUCCGUUUCUCCUUCCCCAAUUACAAGUAGACCGUGGUGCUAUUAAACACGUUUUAAACGGAUCCAAUAUAAUGUGUCCUGGUCUCACUUCUCCAGGAGCUAAGUUGUGUAAUGUGCCCGCGAAUACUGUCGUAGCAAUAAUGGCUGAAGGGAAAGAGCACGCUGUGGCCGUCGGUGUUACAACACUGUCAACUGACGAAAUGCUUGAUAUUAAUAAGAGUGUUGGUGUGGAAACUUUGCAUUAUCUGAACGAUGGCCUGUGGCAAAUGAGACCAGUUCGGUCCAAUAGGAAGAGCGGUUUCAAAACCCGUCAUUCAAUGUGUCCCCUGCGGCCAUUUAAGAAAUAUGUUUUACCCAUUCUCGCGACGUCUAUAUUGAUUCUGACCACAUGGAAAAUUAUUCAACCAGAUUGCAAACCAACAGCUAAAAUCUCAGUCAAUCACACUCUUGCCAUCGUCGUUCCAUUUAGGGAUCGCUUUACCAAUCUUCUUUUUUUCCUUCCUCACAUGCAUCAAUAUCUAAAUCGAAAAGGGGUUCCUCACACCUUCUACAUCGUGAAUCAGGCGGACGAUUACAGGUUUAACCGUGGUUCCCUCUUAAACGUCGGUGUAAAGGAAUCUGAAAUCAUGGAAUCGCAGUACUUUGAAUCCUCUGUAUCAGGGUGGACCCAACCUCAGCCUGCUUGUUCAAUGAUUGCUUUACACGAUGUUGACCUGCUCCCCAUAGAUGAUGAUCUGAAAUACGAACACUACGGUCGGUAUCCUUAUCACCUCAUACCAUACUGGAUGCAUCCACUAUACUACGCAUAUUCCAGGUACACAGGAGGUGCCAUAAUUAUAUCCCGUGAGUCGUAUAAACUAAUUAAUGGCUUUUCAAAUCGGUUUUGGGGAUGGGGUCGAGAAGACGAUGAAUUCGGACUUAGGAUGCGUGCGGCAAACCUAGUGAUACAGUCUGAGCGUAAGCCAACGGUUAUUGCCCCAAAGUUCCAGCACCUCCAUUCGGAGACUUACAAACGUGAGAGAAGCCCAUAUGAUACCCAGACGACACAUCUACGUGAUCACACAUCAGGGUUGAACACUACCAAGUAUACGGUUCUGUCUCGAAUAAGCGCAGAAAUAUCAAAUGUAAGCGUCUGGAUAUUAAACGUACAACUGCACUGUAAUACUCUGAUGACGCCUUACUGCCGGCAGGACGCAUGA